UCAGUGACAAAAUUCAAAAGCUUCAGACUCUGCACCCUCAAACCCUCAGCCUUUCCUCUCACGAUUCACGAACGCGCGAACGCUCACCCUAGCCCUCAGUGACAAAAUUCCUCGCACGGUCUCGUCAGAGCGUCUUCGCCGGUCUUUGCUGGUCUGCCCCUAUUCUCUGUCGGUAGCAGUGUUAUAAUUUCUGUGAGUUUCUGGGAACGAUUAAUCAAGAAGAGAAGAUGAUCGAGGUGGUUCUGAACGAUCGAUUGGGGAAGAAGGUCCGCGUGAAAUGCAACGACGACGACACCAUGGGAGACCUGAAGAAGCUGGUUGCAGCUCAGACAGGAACGAGGGAGUGGUACCCCAUCUACAAGGAUCACAUCACCCUCAAAGAUUACGAGAUCCACGAUGGCAUGGGCCAGCUCUACUACAACUAAAAUCCCUCUUCAAAGGUCUCUUUUUUCUUCCCUCCAAAGUCAGAAUCAGACUCAAAGAGCUGCAGGUAUUAUUUCUGUGCAUGCUGCUUCCUUGAAUGGUAUAAUAGUACUUGAGACUGAUCUUUUAAUGUUAUUUAUUUCAUAUACUAGUAAUGGCGUAAUAUAUAGUAUGUGCUGGGAUUGGAUAAAUGUGUCAAGUGUAAUUUUUGACUUGUAAAAGACCCCUUUGAUUGGAAUAAUGUACAUAUCUGAAUGAUAUUGGGUUUAAUUUAUAUUCCUUGUAAAAGAUUCAAGGUUUGAUGUCUAGACUUGAGGAACCACUAUGGGUUUGGUUCCAAAAUUCAUUGAUCAAGGAAGUGAAGGAACCAUUAUGGGUUUGAUCAAGUGUUGUUGUGUUGUUAAAGUGUAAUAAAAAACAAAAGAAUUUUCUUUA